UCACUGACUGUAUAUCUCUCUCUCUCUCUCACUCGGUGCGUGAGCGGGUGUUACUGAACAUACAGUGAUUGUUAGUAAGAGCCAGUCAGGCAUCUGUAUUUUACCGGAGAAUCUUUUAGGAGAUCUUUGUUUGUUCAUACCAGCCAUAACAAGUCAUACUAGGUCAUCUCACCUGAAGACUGAAGUGAUCUCUGAGAGUAAGACAUGGACUGUCACAAUCAGGAGGACUGCAGCCGGCCCCAGGAGGAGGAGGACAUCAUGGACAUCCCCCUGGAUGACCCCGAGGCCAACAGGGCUGCUGCCAAGAUCCAGGCUGGGUUCCGUGGGCACAUGACCCGUAAGAAGAUGAAGCCGGAGGACAAAGCAGAAGGGGAGGAGGUGAGCAGCACUGGGGAGGUGCUCAACGGCAGCCAGGGGGACACAGAGACAGGAGGAUCGGGGGCAGUAGAGAGAGACGACACAUCUGUGCCAGAGCAGUGACGCCCCUGUCCUGACCUGGAUGAACAGAAGGAGGGGAAGCAAGGUAGCGAGAGAUGGCUGGCAGAAGCUGGCAUGGCUGGCUUUCAGGCACACCUUUUUACCCCAGGAAUCAUUUUCUUUUCAACACAAAUUAGCUGUAGAAAAUGAACAGUUUUGAGGGUGUGUUAUGUGAAUUUUGUGAACUUUAACACUCCUCUGCUUCUCCAGCAGUAUCAUCAGUACGGAUGUCUUUGACCCAGAAUUUGCAACUCACUGCAUGUACUUGUGAAACUUCUGGUAGUGUGCUAGUUUUUAGAUGAUGAUCUGUGAAUGUGAAAAUGAAUGUCCUCUAAAUGCUUACAGGGCUUAUUUUGGAUGGAUCAGUUCAUACCAUCUGUGUAUAAACCUUGUAUGCAUCAGCAUUAGAUUUGCGUACUUAGUGGCUUAAUUUAUUUGUUCUUCUGCAUUGUUUUCUGAUGUGCUUGUAUCUUGAUCAUUUACCUAUUUGACUUGCUUACAAAAAUGAUUAAAACAUCAAAAGAGAAGUAGCUAUGUAUGUUCUAUUUAUUCUGUUGUUUACCGUAUUUAAGAUAGCAAUUGCCUUGAUUAUCUUUUGAGUUCUCUGUUCACAUUCUCAAGCAUUUUUCUAUAAAUCUGAUCUUCCAGAACAGUAAGCAUGCAGUAAUUACACUUUUUUUCCAGAUGCAUUUGGUUCAGCUUUAUCGUAUGAGACAAAGGUUCAAUAUGCUCUGUUGUUGUGUUGGUGGGUUCAACUUGUUUGACUUAUGUUAAAUCAGGUGUAUGAAAUUCCAUUGUUAGAGUUUGCAGAUCCUUCAUGCUUGAAAAACAAAUUGAAUAGUACUUUGCUCAACUUUGCUGUAGAGUCGUGGCAUUACACUAAUAAAUCCACCUCAAAUAUA